UUUGAUGGAGAGACCACAGAUUUCCAUGGUUCAGCACGCACACAAUAGUCACCUUUAGUUUUAAAACGGUGCUGUGACGCUCCCGUCUGUAUAAAUUCUAACUAUUGCUCUGUUGUUUUAUGUAGGUCAUCGGACAGGUCAACUCUUCUGGAUGGUUAAAGCGCACUUUGUUUUCUAUGGCACUAAAUUCAAAGAAGAAAGCAUUUGACAGAGGGGAAAUUCAGUUUGACACCAUUUGGGAUAAACUAGUGUUCAAGAAGAUUCAGGGAAUCAUGGGUGGUGAACUCAGGUUAUUGGUCUCUGGGGCUGCCCCAUUGUCUGCUGAUAAGAUGCUCUUCUUCAGGUCAGCUAUGGGAUGCUGGGUAAGUAUGUCACAUGUCACACAAAACAGCAAUAAAGCUGUUCAUACUACCAAAUUUUAUUUGACAAAAACAUAUGUGACAUGCCUAAAUAUGGUCAUGAUGAUAUCACAUCAUGACCAUAUAUAGACACAUCAUCAAGAAAAUGUGGUAAUGGAAAGACAAUAUAUUAAGUAUGAAAAUAAUGGUGGCCAUUGUAGUGAAAUAUAUGUAAUGUCCUGGCAACGCUUGUCCGGGGUUCUCUAUCAUGGCGUGUGAUCCAAUAAACACGAGUACCGAUAGUCUGUGUCCCGUGUGCUAUUUAUUAGUCCAAUAUUAACAUUUAGAAAACCCACAAGUGGCAACAUGGUGUCAGAAGUGUUGUAGCACCCAUGAUCGACGUGAGGACCGUGAGAGGUGUAACAUUUCAGAGUUAUAAGAAGAAACCGUGAGUACAUUUCACCACCUCUACGCUCGUUAGGCCGGUGAGCAGUUGAACGCAUCGUGGACCGCCUAGCGAAGCAGAUUUUAUGACUCGGAGCCUAGGCCUAAGCCUAGCAAUAGGAGCGGUAUUAUAUUUUGAAGAAAUCCGCCUAGAGCACGCUAAUACUUCCUGUUGUCGCCUAUUUUUGGUGGAUUGAGUAGCUGGAAGUAGGUUGGC